AUAGCAAUAGAAUAAGUUCCAAUAUUAACAAAAUCUGAAAAAUUAUAACACAAACAAAGUCUUGUGUUUGAUUAUAAUUUAAACGGUUCAUUGGGACACUCGUUAGCAUCAACGGUAUCAUCAAUUCCAAGUAGUUCAUUUUACCCAAAUGAUACUGUUGAAUCAGUAGUAGGUAACGCAUUAUACCAAUUGCAUUUAAACAACCAAUUAUGUCUAGUAGACUCAAUGCACCGAGACUCCAGCUCUCCAAAAUGCAAUUCAAUAUCUUCUGGUCUCGCGAGCUCUGGAUUACUCGGUAGUUCUGCGCCAGUUAAUAUUCCCGGUAUGGCUGAGCGCUCGGUUUUAUCUAAUUUUUCAUCUUCUACGUCCAGUCCACUGCAGCAUUUACAAUCCACUAGAUAUUCAACUGGAUCAAGAUUUUCCCAUCAAGAUCCAAUUGAAUCUCCGAUAUCAGUUUUAAGUCAUUCAGUAUCAGAUCUAUUUUUUAAUCACAUAUCUCAAUUAAGUAGCUCGACAUAAAAAACCAUCGGUUUCAAUAGUAGUCUAUUUAAUUUUGCAAAUCAAUUAUCGCCAUCGCGCACACAACCAUUAGGAGCAUCUCCACUUGAUAAUGCAUUUUCAAUAAGCCCUAGUAAUUCUGGAUCACUGUCAGAGGUUCAAAGGUUGAGAGAAGAGUUGACUUCUAUUCGCGUACAACUGGCUACUUGGGAUGAGAGGAUAAAUUAAGCACGUGCCACUUGCUCGGCUUGGCAAUUCGAGAGUGAAGAGGAUAAUAGAAAAGUCUCAGUCGCGGAACAAUAGCGAGAUGAGGCACUGAUGCAAGUGAAAGCACUAAAAAAUGAGAAUGAAGCAGCUUCUUUAAGUGGCAGUUUACAUAUUCAUUCAAUAAAACGUAUUACUAAUGAGGUAAGAAAUUUGUCAAUAAGCGUAUUAAAAUCCACUCAGUCACAGCUACGUCAAGAACUCAAGGAUGUUGAAAAAGUAAUUACUGUUAUUAUUAACUAUAAACAUUUAUGUCGCUACACUUCACUGCCGUUAUUUAUUUUCGAUCUACCAAUACAACCUUUAAGCUCUUCGUGAAUCUUGCAGCCAUAAUAUUUAAUAGCGCAGUCAUAAAAUAAAUUUUGACAAGAAAAACAUGAAAUUUUUUUUUUUUUGCUUAUUAACGAUCGAUGUUUGACAACGAUCUGUAUUUGCUCGUGCUCUCUUUUCCUUUAGAAUCUAUUUUAUAUUACUAUUAUAUCUGCCUACAUCUAAAUGUACUAUUGUAAUUUAUAAAUGAUUUACGAACUACAAUUU